GUCAGCCAACAGAGGGCGCUGAUUUGUUCUUUCAUUUUCUCGUGGCGCACGUGGGAAGGUCGAUGUCUCCGUUGUGCAGCAGCUUGUGAUUUCAACACAGUCUCCAGGUGACAAUCUUGACUGUGAACCCCUGUCUGGAAUCUGAAGAUUUGACAUCAAGGAAAGACUCGAUCCAGGAGUGUUAUAUAACAUCCGGCCAGCCCCGGUGAUUUCAUAGUGUGAAGCAUUCUGUGGCGAAAGACGUUUGCAGAAUAUUUAAUCCACCAUAAAGAUACGUAAAAGCACUUCAGAAAAAUGGACACAAAAUUAGGACCGGAGGUGAAUUGUCACCUAAGGGUGCACACGGAUGAGAAACCAUCAGUUUGUGUCACCUGUGGUAAAGCCUUUGCUCAGCAAGCUACUGGCAUACUAAGCAGACUUGAGAAGAUACACACGGGUGAUAAACCAUUUGUUUGUGAGACCUGUGGUACCGAAGCCUUCGCUGAACAAGGUGAUCUACAGAAACUGGAGGGGACACAAACAGGUGAGAAACCAUUUGUUUGUGCGACCUGUGGUAAAGCCUUUACUACACAAACAGAUUUUCAACGACACCACAAGAUUCACAUCACCAAUAAGAAACCAUUUCUUUGUGAGACCUGUGGAAAAGCCUUUACUCAGCAAAUUCAUCUACGGAAUCACAGCAGGGUACAUUCGGAUGAAAAACCAUUUGUUUGUGAUACCUGUGGGAAAGCCUUUAAUUGGCAAACUGCUCUGCACAGACAUCACAGGAUACACACCGGUGAGAGAUCAUUCGUUUGUGAGACCUGUGGUAAAGCCUUUAAUCAAAAAAGUACUCUGCAUGAACAUCGCAGGAUACACACUGGUGAGAGACCAUUCGUUUGUGAGACCUGUGGUAAAGCCUUUAAUCAAAAACGUGUUCUGCAUCAACAUCGCAGGAUACACACUGGUGAGAGACCAUUCGUUUGUGAGACCUGUGGUAAAGCCUUUAAUCAGCAAAGUGCUCUGCAUCACCAUCACAGAAUACACACUGGCGAGAGACCAUUCGUUUGUGAGACCUGUGGUAAAGCCUUUGUCCAACAAAGUCAUCUCCAUCAACAUCAGAGGGUACACGCUGGUGAGAAACCAUUCGUUUGUGAGACCUGUGGUAAAGCCUUCACCCAGCAGAAUCAUCUGCAGAAACACAACAGGACGCACACAGUUGAGAAACCAUUCGUUGAUGUGACCUGUGGUAAAUCCCUUGCUCUGCAAAGUGUUCUGCGUGAACAUCACACUGGCGAGAGACCAUUCGUUUGUGAGACCUGUGGUAAAGCCUUUGUCCAACAAAGUCAUCUCCAUCAACAUCACAGGGUACACACGGGUGAGAAACCAUUUGUUUGUGAGACCUGUGGUAAAGCCUUUGUCCAACAAGGUAACCUCCAUCUUCAUCACAGGGUACAUACUGGAGAGAGGCCAUUUGUUUGUGAGACAUGUGGAAAAUCCUUUGCUCGGCAAAGUGUUCUGCGUGAUCAUCACAGGGUACACACUGGUGAGAGACCAUUCGUUUGUGAGACCUGUGGUAAAGCCUUUGUCCAACAAGGUAACCUCCACCAACAUCGCAGGAUACACACGGGUAAGAAGCCAUUCGUUUGUGAGACCUGUGGUAAAGCCUUUGUUCAGAAAAGUCAGCUGCGUAAACACUACAGGAUUCACACUGGCAAGACUUAAGGCAAUUGUGCUGUAUAAUUUUUCCUUCAAUUGAAGAUUUGUAAGGUGUUACGGGCCCAGUAUAUCGUGAUUGUCCAUGAAAUUGUUACCUAUGGUUUACUGCUACUUACUAGUGGUAGCAAUAUGCUCAGGUGGCGUACAUCAAAUUUCCAGAAUUUCUUUUGGGACGCAUAUUUGCAUCAAUCGUAAAUGGUAGUUAUUUGUUAGCAUUUUGUUUUGAAAAGUAUGCAGUACAUGUAUUUUUGAGAUUGCAAUACACGUUUUAUGUAACAUUUUCCAAAGCAUAACGUGACUUAUGAGGAAAUAAUCAUUCGUACCAUUGUAGCCUAAACUUGUAUGCAUUUGUGUAUUCCCAAAUAGUCGUACCAUCCUAGUAAUUAAACAGCCCCCCCCCCCUUUCCCAAAGGGGAAAACCCGAGGUGUGCGUAAUGGUCUAAAACACACAUUGAUGUAUAUGGAAUACCCAACGCUUGUUUGUGCUGCAAUACUUUCACAAAUGAAUGGAUUUGGGGAUUGCGUUUUAUAGCAGAUAUUGUUACAAUGGCCCAUUUACAGUUUUAAGGUCGUUCACAGAUUCUGGGGGGGGGGGGGAAAUAAGGAAAACUGCUGUUCAUGUUGCCUGAUUCCCUGAUCCCACAAUGGAGAAAUUCAUGGCCAUUGUAAUGUCAGGGUACCAAUCUAGCUGGCUUAAUUGCACCCGUUCACGGAUGAGACCGAUUGAUAGUCUUUGAGAAAAAGCCAGUGUUUUUUUUUUCAAACGAUAGUCAGUAUACCAAGUGUUGGAAAUUGAUACACAAUUUUUUUUUUUAAUUUUCUUGUUGUUUCUUGAAAAUAACUGCACUGGUGCCAUGAUUUUACAGGACCGUUGAGGCUGUCGUUCACAGUCCAGUAAGGUAUUUCAUAAUAUUUUGGUAGUUUUCGUAUCUGCAAAAUGUUAUAUGUUGCUUUUAUGUAAGGAAAUGUAAGUAGAAUGGUAAUUCAAUAUGUAUUGAUUUUGCGAUGUAUUAAUUUUGCCAGGGGAUUGAUUACUCGGAAGAAUUAGUUUCGUAUUCCCGAUUCCAUAGUUAUUCUUCCAGAGUGGUCUUAGGUAAUUAUUAUUUGAACUCUGAAAAAAAAAUUGCCUCAGUCGUUAGCAUGGAUGGAUGUUGCUCAACGUAUACGUUAGGAUCAAUACACCGUGGUUUUAGUUUUCAAAAUUUGUAUCCGUGGACUGGCUGCUAUGGGGCUGUCCAUAAAGUACUUACGCACAAAAUGCCGAUUUUUGUUUUUAGCCCCUUCGGUAGUUCAACCCGCCCCCCCCCCCUUCUCAUUAUUGAACUUUAUAUGUACAUUUUAAUAUAAAGCAUAACGAAUGCGCUAUGCUUGCCAGCUACUUGAAGCAGUCUUUUUAUUGGUCAUUCGUAUUUAAGUUAGUAGUAACUUAACAUAAAACAAACUAGUUAACGACUUUAAAACCAUAAAGUGUCGUGGACACAUGUAGACCUAGACGGCAGAAUUUUGGGGGAUUUUUGUUGAAAAGUUUGGGGUAAAACGAUGGCGAAGACGAUAUAAUGCAACAUGAUGUUACUUUGAAAGAGAGCGCUCGAUCACCAUGACGCACCAUGAAUGUGCAAAACCAGGUUGACUCGCAUUGCGUUAACUGUAUACAUUUGCAUACGAAAAUCGUAUUUCGAUCAAAAGACACUCUUCAAAUUAAAAAUAAAAAUCGAUUUGAGAAAUCAGAUUUGCGUUGUGGAAGUUGUUUUGGAAUGAUAAACAAAUAAACGUACUUGACCAAAACUAAGCAGGGGAGACAGUCGCAACUUUAUCGUUUUGCGGUCUCUUAAAGUUGAUGACCUCCAAAGGAGUUGGCCGGCUGGCGGUGGCAUUAGAAAAAAAUGUAAAUGCUGGGGUGCAGGUGGAGUGUACAGUGUUAUAUCGAUUUUCGAUAAAAGCUUGUCCUGGUAUUGGUCAUAAUGAUAUGAGAAUUUACAGUGAAUUGAUGGCAAUUAAUUAAAAGCAAACAAUUAUUGCUCGUGCAUAUAAUGUACGCAUUAUUUUGUUUGAGCCACGCCCCUCCCCCCAAUCGUGCGUGCGUAAUAUUGAUGGACGGCCCGCGAUUUUAUUUCUCCCAAACGACAUCUGCAUAUGGGUGUACGCUAUGGCGUUUGGACUUACUUUUCCAAAAACAUGAGAAGAAAAUAUAAAAUAAGAAGGGAAAAAAGGAAUAUGAACGUUUCGAAAUUUAUUUCCCUUAAAAAAAAAUCCACCAAAGCCGCAGGUUAGAAAAGAAAAAAAAUCGGGUGAAAACCGUGUUUUGAACCCGCUAACCUCGCGGUGCAAAAUCACGAUCCUGUAUCGAUUGAGAUAUUGCAGUGCUCGCCAAAACGUGGGGAAAAAAUAAUUACAUGUAUAUACCUGCGUACGCACCAUAAAAGUAUCGUAGAGGGCGCUAAAUAUAUGCUGAUGUCGUUUGGGAAAAGAAAACUCGCGGACGGCCUCGAACAAGCUCACUAAUAUUAUUGUGUUACAAAUUGAGGCUAAUAAAUGUAGUAUAUUGUCGCUUGUCUCCCAUUUUACCCUAUGCCAAGAUUUCAGCUAGCCAAAUAAACAUGUACAUUGUUUAUUUGACCCAAAGUGUGAAACAGCUUACCAGAUUUUAUUAAGUUUGUUAAAAGUUUUUUUUUCGAUCGCUGGGUUUUGUGAACAUAAAAAAACUGCUUGAAAUGUUUCUUCAUUCAUUGAAAUUACAUUGAUUGUCAGGUUUUAAGCUUCCAGUUUAUCAUUGUUGUAGUAAAGGUUGUUUUUAGUUUUAGCUUAACGGUUGAUUCUCUUUAUUUUUGAUGUUAUGAAAAUUUUUCGUGCAUUUAAUUGUUUUAUUGACAGGGUCACUUUGAAAAAAUAAUAAAGUUUUACUGAAAAAACA